AGCCAUUCUAUCAUUGGCCGCAGCGCUCGACCACCCAAGGGAAGCUCGGACGAGGCCAAGACCCUCGUCACAGCCCCGGCGCCUACAUCACAGAGUGACAGGCCAUCUGGAGCCUCUCAUUCGCCUUUCAAUUUUCCCCUGCGCCGUCGAAUCACCCCUGCUGCCAAUCCAGAGCACCGGUUCUUCAGUUCUCUUCACGCAGAGUUUCGGACGAGUGCUUCGUGAACCUAUCAACAGCGUCCUACUGGUGAUCCGAUCCUGCAGAUGCCUGAAGAUUGGGAGUUUGUGUGACUCGGGCUGGUCGUUGCUAUAUAGAGACGGGACAUGGAACCCCUCGCGGGGCGCGCACUAUUUACUUCCUCUCUUCCACAAGCGACCUUUCACCACCAUCAGUGCUUCGCUCCCUAGAGAAAACAUCAAUAUCCUUCAUCGCCGACUAGUAUUAUGCAGUCAUAAGUCAAUAAUGGCUAUUACAUAUCAAUACACUCUAUUCGUCGUCUCGUCUCUCAUCGCUCAUUUAGCCGCGGGCAGUGAGUGGGAUGCGAGUGACAUACAAGCCCAGAAUGAAGCCGGGGCAGCUGGGAAGUCUGGAGGUGGCGGCAUGUCUAAUGGAGGAAUGAUAGCUUUGUGCGUGAUCGUUGGUGUGGUGGUUAUAAUCGGAUUUUCAUCCGCGGCGCUCUUCUAUGUGGCCAAAAAGCGCCAAUGGCAGAUGCGCGAGAAAAUCAGUCGCUCCGCCAAACAAGUCGCCCAAGCAAUCAAAACACCUCUUACGGCCACGUUCCCGAGGAGUCAACGACAACCUACUACAAGCGGCGGCAGGAAUAAAAGCAGUAGGGACGUGCCAAUGACGAAGCCGAAGCGGAAACCAACAGACUUAGAAAAGGGUGCUGUUAUUACAACGGAUGUCUCGUCGCAAGGUUCGCAGUCCAAGUCUCGCGGCUGGGCCUCUUACUUCUCGUUCAACCGCUCAUGAACACUACAAAACUCUGAGUCCCGAGGUUGAUAUCUAACGUUAAUCUAUAACUCCUCAUUUGCAGCGACUAUGGGGUGACCGCCAGAACAUACUGCGUGUGUUCCCUGCGUCAGGACGCAGGAUGGGUGUGGUCGACCCCAUCUUGAUUGAUUUUUAUAUCUUAUGCUCCGUUUUGCUUGGAUGUAUUAGUGGGCACGCUUCACCAUUCAUACAAAUAUUUAUGUGCGUUUGGUUGUGGCUGUUUACUGAAGAUUGAAUGUCCUGGACGCUUCUUCAGAGAUCUGUUGUCAAGAUACCAGUUUGAUUAUACUGUUUAGAAUAUAAUUCCAGAUAAUUAUGCUCAUCUUAUGCAUACUGUUAGGAGCAAAGGAGCAACUUGCAAAAUUUCACGAUAGAUCUACCUCGUACCCGAUGAACUUUUUCUUAAACAACUUACUUGUGUCAUUACAAUUUAUAUGUCGGGCACGGUUAGGUAUCAGUUUCUCUCGACACACAAA